AUGUCCUUCCCGCACUUUGGACACCCGUAUGGCGGCGCUUCCCAGUUUCUGGUGUCUGCAAGUUCCAGCGCCACUUGCUGCGAAUCCGCCCCACGCUCCGUCCCAGAUGUGGCCUCAGGCUCCACCCCGGCGGCCGCCCUCUGCUGCGCAUCCUACGACGGUCGGCUGCUGGGCAGUGCACGGCCAGAGCUGGGCGCAGCCUUGGGCAUCUACGGAGCCCCAUAUGCUGCCGCCGCAGCUGCCCCAAGCUACCCAGGCUACUUGCCCUACAGCCCAGAGCCGCCUGCGCUAUACGGAGCGCUGAAUCCACAGUAUGAAUUGAAAGAGGCUGCAGGGAACUUUACGCCUGGCCUGGGGCAACCUCGAGCCUAUUACCCCUAUGAGCCAACUCUGGGGCAGUACCAGUAUGACCGGUAUGGAGCAGUGGAGUUGAGCAGCACGGGCCGCCGGAAGAACGCCACCCGGGAGACCACGAGCACGCUCAAGGCCUGGCUCAACGAGCACCGUAAGAACCCCUACCCCACCAAGGGCGAGAAGAUCAUGCUGGCCAUCAUCACCAAGAUGACCCUCACCCAGGUGUCCACCUGGUUCGCCAACGCGCGCCGGCGCCUCAAGAAGGAGAACAAGAUGACGUGGGCACCCAAGAACAAAGGCGGGGAGGAGAGGAAGGCUGAGAGUGGAGCAGAGGGGUCCCUGGGCUGUCUGAACGGUGAUACCAAAGAUGGUACUGCAAGCCAGGACGCUCGAGGGCUCCGACUGAGUGACCUGGAAGACCUAGGGGAAGAGGAGGAGGCAGAGGAGGUCGAAGACGAGGAGGCAGUAGCCACAGCUACGGACAGGCUGGCCAAGUUCCAUAAAGACUCUCAGUCGCUGCCCGCGCCCUGCACCGCCUCUAGGGAGGCCAGGCUGGAGCGCCCGGAGUGCGGCCUGGCGGCGCGCCCCUUUUCCUUCCCGGAGCCCCCGGGGUCCGGGGAAGCUGACUUCCUUCAGGCGGAGCCCCGGGGCCCUACGUUGACCAUGCACUACCCCUGCAGCGAGAAACCGCGCAUCUGGUCUCUGGCGCACACUGCGGCCGCUGGCGCGGUGGAAGGCGCAACUCCAAACCCUCCCAGGCCGCGAAGUCCCGAGUGCCGCGUGAUUCCGGGACAGCCUGCAGGCGCAGGCGGCCGAUGCGCCGCGGUCUCCAGAAACUCCGGGUGCGAAGAGACUUCCUGUGUAGCCAAAGCCUUUGGAACCCGCCCCUUUGCCGUGCAGGGGAUGCCAAUGAACUGUGCGCCGUGCCCGCGGCGGAGGGAGCCUGCAGUGCACUGCCAGUACCCGUCUGGAGCAGAAGGUUAG